AUGCGAGCUGCAGGCCAGAAGGCGCGCCCUUUGCUGGCGCUGUGGCUGCUGCUGCUGCUGGUCGGGAAACCGGGGUACUCCGCGAGCCCCUCUUCUCCUUCGGCUCCGCCACGCUUCAAUGUGACCCUGGACACGGCCCCGGAGUUGCGUUGGCUGCCGGUGUUGCGGCACUACGACCCGGGCUUCCUGCGCGCCGCGGUGAUGCGAAUCAUCGAGGAGCACGUCCCCGAGUGGGUCCACGUGUUGAUUGGAAAGAUUUUAGGGGAACUGACGGGCUUUCUGCCGCAGCCCUUCAUCGACGAGAUCCGUGGCAUGUGUGAUGUCCUGAACCUCAGCUUGUCGGACUGCAUCCUGGUCAACUUGGCCUACGAGUUCUCUGCAUUCUGCACCAGUAUUGUGGCUCAAGAUUCCAAAGGCCACAUUUUCCAUGGCCGGAAUCUGGAUUAUGCUUAUGGAGAUAUUUUACGCAACUUAACCGUGGAUGUGCAGUUCAUCAAGAAUGGACAGAUUGCAUACACAGGAACCACUUUUCUUGGCUAUGUAGGACUGUGGACCGGUCAGAGUCCACACAAGUUUACAGUUUCUGGCGAUGAACGAGACAAAGGCUGGUGGUGGGAGAAUAUGAUGGCAGGCCUUUUACAGAGACACUCUCCGAUCAGCUGGCUUAUCCGCUCUACCUUGAGCGAGUCGGAAAGCUUUAACGCAGCUGUUAUCAAAUUGGCCAAGACUCCCCUUAUUGCUGAUGUUUAUUACAUUGUUGGUGGCAUAUCACCCCGGGAGGGUGUGGUCAUCACAAGGAACAGAAAUGGCCCAGCGGACAUUUGGCCACUAGAUCCUUUAAAUGGACAGUGGUUCCGAGUUGAGACGAAUUAUGACCACUGGAAACCUGUGCCUAAGGAAGAUGACCGAAGAACGCCUGCCAUCAAAGCCCUUAAUGCCACCGGUCAGGCAAACCUCAGUCUGGAGACACUGUUCCAGGUUUUAUCAGUAAAACCAGUUUAUAACAAUGCCACAAUUUAUACUACAGUAAUGAGUGCUGCCUACCCAGACAAGUACAUGACUAGGAUCAGGAAAUCAGGUUUAAAGUAA